GUCCAGUCCCAGCCCACACACUCCAGGACCCCCAAUUUGCCGCUAUUCACCUUACCCAUAGCUCUGGCCUCAUACUCACCCUCUAUAAUAGCCAUGGCUCAGUCACUGGCUCUAAGCAUUUUUGUCCUGAUCCUGGCCUUCUGCAUCCCCUGGACCCAAGGCAGUGGUGGAGGGGCACAGGACUGUUGCCUCAAGUACAGCGUAAGGAAGAUUCCCACUCAGCUCGUCCGCAGCUACCGGAAGCAGGAGCCAAGCUUGGACUGCCCCAUCCCAGCUAUUCUGUUCUCACCUCGGAAGCGCUCUCAGCCAGACCUAUGUGCAGACCCUAAGGAGGUCUGGGUGCAGCAGCUGAUGCAGCAUCUGGACAGAUCACCAGCCCCACAGAAAUCAGUCCAGCGCUGUAAGAAGGACAAGUCUGGAAAGAAGAGAAAGGGCUCCAAAGGCUGUAAGAGGACUGAACAGACGCAGACCCCCAAAAAGCCAUAGCCCUGUGACCAGCCUGGAGCCCAGGAGGCCCUCAUCAGCCUCACCAGGGUUUGGAGCCCCAAUCCAAGGGGAAAAAAGCAGUCUAGGAGAGAGAGAGAGGACUCAGGGGCCCCAGAGCAGUCCCUCUACCCCCAUACUGGCCUUGCCUCACCACUUCUCUUGCUUCAGCUUUCUGUAUUUGCAGCCCCACCCGCAUAACUGAUUUGCCCACACCAGGCCAGACCUAGAGAGGCAGAGGAGGGAGUAUGAGAGGAGGCAGCAGGACUGUGCCCUCUCAGGAAAGUCACCAAGGACCCUGGACCUGACCCUGUUCCCUGCAGCACCCCACCUCUUCCUUACAAAUAUGAUUUAUACAUAACUGAAUAAAAAGCUGUUCUGGCCUCCUA